CCGUGGGGAACGCGAGAAGAAAUAGCCCACCUCUGAUCAUCAACGCGUCAUAUAAUGUUUCAGCGCAUGCCCCUCCUCCUGUCUCGUUUCGCCCCCCCCCCCUCCUUCCCAUUCAACCUCUCCUUUGACUCACAGAGGCGGCUCGCCACUGGCGCACGGACCGCGGAGGAUACGGCCAGAAGAUGGCUGACUUAGCCGGGCACCGCAAACCCUCGGCGGGAUCACCAGCGUCACAUGCGCCGCUGAAAAGCCGCAAGACCUCCGCUGUCUGGCAACUGUAAACAGCAGCCGCUGCCCCCCCCUCCUCCUCCCACCGUCCCCCUCUCUCUCCCACCCCGUAUCUCACCCCUCCUCACCGCAAAUAUUGACAGAAGUAUCUCAGAGAAAACAUGGCAGAGAUGGAAAAAGAGGGCAGACCUCCGGAAAAUAAAAGAAGCCGAAAACCAGCCCACCCGGUGAAAAGGGAAAUAAAUGAAGAGAUGAAGAGUUUUGCAGAAAGCACCAUGAACGAGCUGCUGGGCUGGUACGGCUACGACAAGGUGGAACUGAGAGACUCUGAAAACCUGGAGAUCGGGGAGACGCCGCAGCACAUCUCCGUCCUCAAGGAAAACUUGUUGCCAAAAAUUCCAACUUCAACGGAGAGCAGCGAAGGCUCUCCGGAUCGAGCCAACAUCUCCCAGUCGGUGCCAGCCUCCAGGAACGGAGUCACAGAGUCCUCCUGCACAGCGUCCACCUCCAUGCACAGCACCAAGGAGCAUGGCAACCUGCCCAUCAUAGUCCCCAUGAUCCCCCCGCCAUUGAUCAAGCCCCCUGCAGAUGAAGAUGCAUCCAACAUGCAGAUCAUGUGCGCCUGGUGCCAGAAGGUCGGUGUCAAGCGCUAUUCUCUGAGCAUGGGGAGCGAGCUGAAGAGCUUCUGCAGCGAGAAGUGCUUUGCCGCCUGCCGCAGGGCUUAUUUCAAGAGAAACAAGCUGGGAUAUAUAAGGAAUUACGCUGCGAGAGACGACGGUGGCCUCGGUGGGAAAUUACCCCAGCACAGCUUUACUCAGGACACGCCCAGGCUUGUCUUCAAGACAAACAGCGAUGUGCUUGUGUGUGACUGGUGCAAACAUAUUCGCCACACUAAGGAGUACCUGGACUUUGGUGCGGGUGAGCGGAGGCUGCAGUUCUGCAGUGCCAAAUGCCUGAACCAGUACAAGAUGGACAUUUUCUACAAGGAGACCCAGGCGGCACUGCCUGGAGCAUUGUGUAACCCGGGUCACGGGGCGGGUGGGGAGGGUAAGAUGGACUGCGGUGGAGGGGUGCAGCUCCUCACUCCUGAGUCCUGGGGGACGCCGUUAACAGACCUGCGGCGCAAGGCUCCCUCACCAGGGGGGCCCUCUGCCACCUCUGCAUUGGCCCCAUCCUCUGCCGCCUCACCCUGCGACACGGCUGCCCACUGCUCUCCAUCCUUAUCCUCCUCAGCCAAGAUCCCCACACCAAGGCCCCAUGAAAGCCCCACACUCCACCCCCCGCCUGUUCCCAGUUUGCACCCACCUGUCGGGGUUCCUCCAGGUAGCCCUCCUAUGGUGAUGACGCCCCGGGGACCCAUGCCCCUUCCGCUGUUCAUGGAGCAUCAAAUGAUGCAGCAGAUGCGUCCGCCAUUCCUUCGACCCUCAGCUCACCAAGGGGGUUCCCAUAGUCCCCUGUCAAACCCUAUCAUCCCAGGUAUUGGCCCACCACCUCCCCCUAGGUCCAUGGGCUCAGCAUCCAGCCCCAUGCACAGACCUCUGCUGUCUCCCCAUGUCCACCCCUCAUCCAAUCCUAACCCUGGCAUGAUGCCCCCCCACCCAGGUUUCUCCAUGCCAGGCCUGCCUCCUUUCCCCCCAGUCAACAUGAUGCCCAAUGGACGAUAUCCUCUGCCCCCAAUGAUGAACUUUGGCAUGCCGUCCUUGGCCCCAUUGGUACCCCCACCAACUCUCUUGGUCCCCUACCCUGUCAUUGUACCACUCCCAGUUCCAAUCCCAAUUCCAAUCCCAAUUCCCUUUAACCCCAGAACUUCCAGGGACCAGCCGGAGAGCAGGGGCCACUUCUUUAGUGCUCCAGAAUCCUCUGAAGCUUCAUCUUUUUGGCAUAACUCUCCAGGGUCUUCUGGAGAUGACAGAGGGGAACAGAAAAUGGAUCCGGCUGUUGCAGAGCGUCUCUCUCCAAUCCGCUCAGAGAAAAGCAGAAUGGCGCUAGUGGACUCGACUGUCAAGGCAGAGGACAAUUUGGGUACCACCUGUAAUUUAAGCGGCCCCGCAGCGACGGAGGGGGUUAUCGACCUAACUGUGGGCCAGCGGCCAUGCCAGCAGCAGGUAAUUCAGAGGACGCUAACUGGGGUCCAGGUCAAAGUGGAGGCAGAGGCUGAAUCAAGAUCCCCACCGUCUGCUGGGCUGAGUUGGGAAGGGAGAAGCAGUCGUGAAGGGGGGCAAGGGGCCCUCUCUCAGGGCUUUCUCAGUGCACUGGAAGGGGCAACACACCCAAACACACUGGAAUUAUCAAGCCCUCCCUCCAACGACAGCAGUCCUCCUUCCCAUAAUGAUCCAGCAGCGAGCCAGCAAACUUCCUGUAUCUCUAACAGUACCACGCCACCCUUGCCCAGCACAGCACCGACCCAGCCCCAAACCCUGCCCCACCUCCUGGCCGGCCCCGCUGCCCCGUGUAAUGUCAUAGUCAAUGGUACGGGGUGGCAUUCCCUUCUUGGCCCUGCCUUUGAGGCUCACGCCGACCGAAGAGGAGACAGUGUUGCAGGAGAAGGAGAGUCAGAGGAGCGGCCAGCCAACGGCGAGCUGGAGCGCGACGCUCUCAAAGAGAACGAUUGCUCAGCCGGAGAAUGGGAGCGGGGGAAGCGGGGCUUGGUGCAAGACAACAUGGCCGACACAUUGGAGGGGAAGCCGGAUCCUGACGCCAACGCGGAGGAGGGCGAGCACGCCUACGCCAUACCACUGCUGUCCGCGGGAGGCUGUGUGGUCAUCCAGCCUGUGCCAAAGCCCGGCGCAGACAAGACCACCAUCCUGUCCUGCUCCAUCAGCUCCCCUUUGUCAGCAGACGGGGCCGCCGAGCUGGAGCCGCCGCUGAAGAGGAGGUGUCUGCGAAUCCGCAAUCAAAACAAAUGAGAUGACGCUCUGAGGACCUCAGUGCCAUCAACGAUACUCACUCCCCCCCCCGCCCCC